AUGGCACAGAGAUCGACUUCCUUGGCAUUCAAGGUUCGUAGGUGUGAACCAGAGCUAGUGGUCCCGGCUAAGCCCACCCCUGUUGAGCAUAAGCCAUUGUCGGACAUUGAUGAUCGAGAAGGUCAUCGAUUUGAAUGUCCUGUAAUCCAAUUUUAUCGAUAUAGCCCUUCCAUGCAAGGGAGGGACCCUGCUAGGGUUAUCAGAGAUGCACUUGCAAAAACUCUAGUGUUUUAUUAUCCAUAUGCUGGUAGGUUAAGAGAAGGGCCUAAUCGCAAGCUGACCGUGGACUGUACCAGCGAAGGCGUGUUGUUUAGUGAGGGCGAUGCCGAUGUUACACUCGAGCAGUUUGGUGAGGAGCUUCAACCACCAUUUCCAUGCAUGGAGGAGCUUCUCUAUGAUGUUCAAGGUUACGGUGGAGUGCUAAAUUGUCCAUUGCUUUUAAUUCAGGUAACACGAUUGAAAUGUGGGGGUUUCAUCUUUGCCCUACGCCACAACCACAGCAUGAGUGAUGCUAUUGGCUUGGUGCAAUUCAUGUCGGCAAUGGGCGAGAUGGCACGAGGUGCACUUGCUCCCACAAUCUCACCCGUUUGGGAAAGACAUCUCCUAAAUGCUCGAAACCCACCUCGAAUUACAUGUACGCACCAUGAGUUUGAACAAGUGAUCCAUACCAAUGCCAACAAAAUCACUCAAUUGGACAACAUGGUUCAUCGCUCUUUUUUCUUCGGACCCAAACAAGUCUCAGCGCUACGCAGAUUGGUUCCCCCGCACUGCCGAUGUUCAACUUUUGACAUCAUAGCCGCAUGCUUAUGGCGAUGUCAUACCAUAGCCUUGCAACUUGACCCGAACGAAGACGUUCGCAUUAUUUGCGUCGUAAAUGCACGUUCCAAGUUUAAUCCUCCAUUACCCUUAGGAUACUAUGGCAAUGCAAUUGCCUACCCAGCAACCUUAACAACUGUGGGAAAACUGUGCCAAAAUCCAUUAUGGUAUGCGAUAGAGCUAGUGAAACAGACCAAGGCAAAGGUAACAGAAGAAUACAUGAAAUCGACAGCAGAUUUUCUUGUGUCUAGAGGCCGACCUGCCCUUUCCCUGACCCGAUCUUUCCUAGUGUCAGACGUGACACGUGCCAAGUUCGAAGAUGUUGAUUUUGGUUGGGGCAAGGCGGCGUACGGUGGACAAGCCAAGAUUAUGGAUGGAAACCAUCUUUUACCAUUCACAAACAAGAAAGGGGAAGAUGGGAUUAUAAUGCCAAUUUGCUUGCCAGCAACACUUAUGGAAAGAUUUGUUAAGGAGUUGGAUAGCAUGUUGAAGGAUGAGAGCACAGGUGAAGGUAAGAGUAAUUCUGAUUUUAUCAAAUCAAAUUUGUCAAAGAUAUAA